AUGACGGGGUAUGCUAAAUUCAUGAAGGACCUUGUGAUGAAGAAUAAACCAGUGAGCUACAAACCAGAGGAUAAUCUCCAUCAUUGUAGUACUAUUUAUAUGAGGUCCUUGGUAAAUAAGAAGGCGAACCCUGGAGCAUUCACUAUUCCUUGUACAAUUGGAUCUGUGGAAUUCGCUAAGGUCUUAUGUGAUCUAGGAGCGAGCAUUAAUCUGAUACCGCUGGUUGUAUUUAAAAGGAUGGGUUUGGGAAAUCCCAUACUCACCAUCAUACAACUGGUGAUGGUGGAUAGGUCUGUAAAGCAGCCAGUAGGAAUAAUACAUGAUGUAUUGGUAAAUAUGGCCAACUUUAUACUUCUUGUUGAUUUUGUAGUCCUAGACUGUGAGUUUAAUUUUAAAGUACCCGUCAUUUCUAGUAGACCAUUCCUUGAUACUGGGAGAGUAGUAGUAGACAUAGAGCUAAAUGAUCUAAAGUUCAAGUCGAAGGACAAAGAAGCAAGACUCAAAAUCCAUUCAUCCAUGACACAACAAAAGAAGAUGAGUGUCUUCUCAAUCUUGGAUGUGUUUUAUGAAGAUGGGAAAGAGGUAGCAGCAUGGUGUCAUGAAAAAGUCUUUGUAGUCAAGAUAACCUAG